AUGGAGAACAGCAAUAGCGAGGCAUCAGCCGUGUGGAAUCCGGCACUGCGAACGGACGAUAAUCACGAGACGGCCGCGACGGUAGAAGAAAUAUCUGCUCCGGUGUCCAGUGAUGUGGCGCCGUUAACUCCUAAAGCCACAACCGCAAAUACAGAUAUUGUACCUGACGCGAUCGAUUCGAUAAACACCGAAUCUCCUGCACGUGAAGAGACAGCUGAGCUGCCACUCAACGAACAUACACACACAGUUCCUGGCGCGGCUGAGCCGGUAAAUGUUGGAUCUGCCGGUUUUAUAGAAACUGCCGAGGCGCCACCAACGGCAAUCGAUGAUCCAGGCGCAGUUCCGGUCGCGGUCUCACCAAAUGGCGAGACCUCGGCGCCUGCAAUCGCCACAGACGUGACAUCGGUUUCCGAAAAUACAGUCCCGGACGUCACUGAAUCGUCGAGUGUUGAACCCACCGCACUUAUAGAAAUUGCGCAGGCAGAAUCGGCGACCGGCGAAGACUUUAACCAGGCGGAGACACGGGAGGAGUUCCGCGAGGAGGCCGCGGAGUUGUUCUCCGCGGCUGCUGAUGAGAACCAGGAGACUGAUGCUUUCAAACCCCAGGCCGAGCUUGCAGCCGCGCCUGGGGAUGGAUAUAACAACUUGCAGUCGAUGCAAGAAGAGCAUGUACAGGAAGGGCAGACACACCAGCUUGAAAUUGACACAUCGGUAAACGCUGCGCAAGGAUCAAGUGAUUAUCCUACUCCGGGCUGGGUCUAUCAACAAGGCAUAGCUGACCAUGCUACACCGAUUGACGGGGAAUUAAGAAGCACAAACCACGAUCUCUGGGGGAGCCCUAAGAGCGUUGACAAUGGCGAAGAUCGCUUUUUCGACCAGCUGAGGACACAAACGAAGCCGAUCUAUUUCCCAUCGGAGGAGUCAAGAUUUGAAGAGGGUGUGCCUUUAUUGGAUGGCUCUGCGGAGGCCCCGGUCGAGGCAGCGCCAGUCGAGGCAACGCCAGUAGAGCAGGCGGUGCCUCAACCGGGUCAACUCGACCGUGUUUUUGAAGGAGAUGAGGAUGAGGAUGAUGGAUUUUUCAGCUCGGCUCAGCAGCCAGCCACAGAAAACGAACCCCAAGAGCCCGUCCAUAUACAGCGAAAAAGCACCUCGCAAGUGCUAGAUUCCCUUAACACGAACCGGGAUGGGGUUCAUAGUCCGCUUUCUCCUACUGCCGAGGAGUUCAACGAUAUCAUAGCGGCAGCGGCCUCAAAGUCGCCCGAGAACGUCCAGGAGCCUGCUUCGGAGGAAGACCUAGCUGCGCGGUGGCAGGCUGAACUUUCUGAUGAUGAUUUGGAAGUUGCUCCUGUGGAGGAAGAUCUCGCCGCUAAGUGGCAGGCGGAACUGGAUGACGAUGAUCUACUCUUAGAAGACGAACCCAGCGAUCUCGCUCAAAAUACCGCUGCUGAGGUGGUCAACGGGCACGGCGUGGAACCCAACCUCCAGGCUCUCGGCAGUCCAUUCGGAACGCCACAAAACCCCAGCAAACCCAAACCAGCGCAGAGUGUAUAUACUCCUCACCAGCCCUCUACAGCGGAUCUUGUCCAGAGCGUUCCAAUUCCAGGGGCAACGCCUCUAUCCAGUAGUGCUCCUUACAGCACGAGCUAUUUCCAGCCGCGGCCCGAGCCUCCAGCUCCUGCAGUUAGGGCUGAAAGCUUCGCAGAGCGACCUAAAGAAGGUUACAAGUCUCCUUAUGAUCUUCCGGAAGACCUUGCCCCACGUCGCAAACCUGCCACCAAACCAGUAGUAUCCUCAGCUGCUAAUGUGCCUGCACCGCCUCCACGAAGUAGUAGCUUUACGGCGCCUCCACCUCCUCAGUCUUCUUCUGGAGUACCAGUCCCGCCUAUCAAUGCUGCGACCUUGCCUCCAGCAUCGAAACCAAAUGCUCCGGUUGCAAGCGCGCCAAAGAACUUCUACGAGGAGUUGCCGCUCCCCCCCGUACGACCACGUUCGCGGCCUGCAGAAUCAGGGCGGUAUACGCCCAAAUUUAACACGGCAAGCCCUGCAUUUGUGCAGCCGCCCCCGGCAGCGCAUCCUGUCACUAAUCCUUAUGCUCAACUGUCUGGCGACACUCCUCAAUCUCAAUUGCAGCAGCCGGAAAAAUUGGGGCCGUAUGCAAACAAUGUGGGCUCCAGUAGCCAAAGCGCUCCUGCAGUACCUCCUAUCAACUCAAGAUACUCCCCGAAGCCACCAACAUUGCAACCAGGAGUUAAACCGCCCGCUUCGCCUAGGUAUUCUCCAGCGCCGCCGCCGCCAGCAGCUGCGUCUGCGCCUUUGCAACGUUAUACCUCACAGCCGUCUGUCAUUCCGGGCCAAACAGUUACCUUACCUUUCCAGCCGCGAACUUCAAGUCCGCUAGCCCACCACGAGAAGGUUUCCUAUCAACCAAACGAGGCUUCGCGGAAACCAUCUUUUCCACAGCCUACUUCACCUGUUACUGGACAACCAUCACACACUGAGACAGCCGCCCCGAUGUCACCUCGUUCUUCCCAAGUACAGGCCUCUGGCCCGAGUGCUGUAGAUACAUCAAGCAGCUACCAGCAGACCUCCCCACCAAGGAAUCCCUAUGCGCCGCCUUCAUAUCUAGAAGAGUUUUCCCGCCGCGUUUCGCAUGUUAACAAUAGUACGCCCUCCGCCUAUACUCCACCUCCCGAGACACCGCCAUUUGUUCCUCCUCGAAGAUCGCAGACACAAUCUCCGACCCAGCAACAGUCAGGCCCUAGACUAUCCGUACCGUCUGUCGAUCCACUCAAACGGCCUGCAUCUGUUCACGCGCCCAGUUCGCCAACGAAGACCUCCCAUACUUACGCGCCAAUGCAACCCUCCAGUCAUAUUCGCACCAUCUCGCAGUCACUUGAAUUCAUUCCUCCAAGCGACGGACAAGAGCUUGACCCUCUUCAAAGAUGGAAAGGAGCGCCGAUUUUCAAAUUCGGUUUUGGUGGUACGGUCCUCUCUUCAUUCCCGAAACACGUCCCUCGUUAUAGCGCAGGGCAAACCGCGCCAAAAAUUAAGCCUAUGCCUGGAGACGUUAAAACAACUCAACUCAAGGAUGUGAUCUCAUUUCCAGAAACUAUCGUACGGCAUCCAGGUCCUCUGAGGAAUAAGUCCAAGAAGAAAGACUUAGUUGCUUGGCUUUCUAGCAGAAUCGCAGCAUUUGAGAACGAGGGUGUCCCGCAGAACCUCCAGGCCUACCCGGACUCUUACAAGCGCCGCGAUGAGAAGAUCCUGCUGUGGAAAGCUGUACGCGUUUUGGUUGAGCAUGACGGCGGCAUGCAGAGCACCCCUGACCUCCAGGAGGCUCUAAGGGGCAUUCUAUUCCCGCAUCUGCAAACCAAUGGGCUGGAACCUAUGUAUAGCGACUCCCUCCAGUCUUUUGGCGCCGAAGUCAUUAAUGCUUCUUCUCUGUCUGAUUCUGCGGAGUCGAAGCCAUUGAGUAGUAUCCGCAAUAACUUGCUUAUUGGCGAACGGGAGAAAGCCGUUUGGAGUGCAGCGGAUAACCGUCUCUGGGGUCAUGCUAUGAUCAUCGCGUCAACGCUAGACAAGUCCAUUUGGAAACAAGUCGUGCAGGAGUUUGUGAGGCGUGAGGUUAGGUCUAACAGCGGAAAUCCCGAGUCGCUUGCAGCUUUGUAUGAAAUCUUCGCUGGCAACUUUGAAGAAAGUGUCGAUGAACUUGUUCCUCCCUCCGCAAGGGCUGGAUUGCAAAUGGUUAGCAAGGUCGAUGGGCAUGGUCCCUCUAAGGACGCUCUUGCUGGCCUGGAGUCUUGGAAGGAUACACUAGGUUUGGUUUUGAGUAACCGAAGCCCUGAAGACCACCGAGCGCUCCUGGCUCUCGGUCGAUUACUACUGUCUUACGGUCGGAUAGAGGCAGCUCAUAUUUGCCUUAUUUUCUCGCGGGCAGCGGUGUUUGGAGGCCCUGAUGAUCCUCAAGCAAGCAUUGUUCUUCUCGGCGUAGACCAUGUCCACUCCUCGCCUACGGCCUUGCUGGACGAUGAUGCAAUCCUACUUACCGAGGCAUACGAGUAUGCUACGUCUGUUCUAGGGGCAUCACCGACGUCUACACUACCUCAUCUCCUGGCCCUGAAACUUGUUCAUGCAUGGUCCCUUACAGAUCAAGGGCGCAAGUCCGAAGCCCAGCAAUACUGUGAUGCCAUCACAGCAGCUCUCAAAGCUACCACGAAGCAAUCUGGAUAUCAUCAUCAGCAUUUGUUUUUCGGGGUCGAUGAGUUAUCAGCGCGGCUUAAGCAGACUACAGGCGAUGGAGGGUCGUGGAUUUCGAAACCAAGCAUGGAGAAAGUCUCUUCCUCAAUGUGGAACAAAUUCAGCAACUUCGUUGCCGGGGAUGACAGCGACGCUGCAUCAACUGGCUCGGGCAAGGGUGGAGAAACAGGAUUUGGUCCGUUUGCUCAGAUCUCUGGUACCCCUACUGUCAGCCGCUCGCCAUCUGUGACAGACUUGUAUGGCCAAUACCCUAUGCCUGUCGCACAGCAAGUUCCGGGUGCCGGAACGUCUCGUUAUCAGCCCAAUAACCAGAACGCUCCGAACUCGUCGCCUGAUCAGGGUCGUGGACGAUCGUCUCUAGACUCACAGAGGUCUGCUUCAUUUGGACUCUCCUACGGCCAGCGUCGUGGAUCGCAAGAGUAUGGGCAUCCAUCAGAGAGUCCUAUGUAUGGAGGGGGUCCUUUCUACGGCUCCCCAACUGCGGGUUACCAGUCCACGCCGCCUCAGACCUCGUACAUGCCUCUAGCGCCCGUGGAGGAAGAUAUGGCUCAACAAGCUUAUACGCCACCGACAGCUACUCCGCAAGGACUUUUCGGUCACGACUUGCCUUAUCAACCUCCUGCCCAAAACCCAUUCGAUCAAUCAACUGGCCCUGAAGCACCUGCUUCUCAGCAUACCGAAGCUGACGGGUAUAUGCCUCCGACGGGCAAUACUGGCUAUGAACCUCCUGCAAGUAAUACCCUAGAAGUGGAAGUGACAGAGGAGUCUGAGGAUGAGAAGCCACGUAAGAAGUUGACAAUGGAUGAUGAGGACGACGACGACAUUGCUGCUCGUGCUGAGGCUUUGAAGAAAGCUGAAAAGGCACGUAAGGAUCGGGAAGCUGAUGAGGCUUUCCGGAAAGCAGCAGAAGCUGAUGCUAAAAAACCUGCUCCGGCAAAGAGCUCGUGGUGGGGAUGGAUCAAGGGAGGAAAUAAAGAGGAAGCUAAUUCAGGAAAACCAAUUCGCGCGAAGCUUGGUGAGGAAAGUUCUUUCUACUACGAUAAAGAACUGAAGAAAUGGGUCAACAAGAAAGACCCCAACAGCGCUACCCCGGCUCGUGCUACUCCACCCCCACCGAAAGCCAUGGGCCCUCCUAGCAGAGCCGCCAGUGGGAGCAGCAUGCCACCGUCUGGAACAGCAGGUCUCGGUAGUCGGCCACCGUCUGUUGCGCCGCCGCCGUCUGGCAGCCCGGCUCCAUCUUCUCUUGGCCUUCCACCAACACCUGGUUUAGGCCCUGCGCGAUCUGCCUCUACCGGCGCCGUGCCGCCCGCUGGUAACGCUUCAUCCCGCCCGGGAAGCUCUGCUGGGCCUCCUCCCAGGCCUUCUACGUCCUUGAGCCAUGCUAGCUCAAUUGACGACUUACUUGGAGCACCACAGGCACGCAAGGGCGCCACUUCUCGAGGCAGGAAGAAGGGCCGUAUCCGGGAUCUUCCCCAUCUUGCAUAUCGAAGUGUAUACCCUUGCAUUGCGAACUAUCAGCCACCUUACAUUGUUGUGAACUUGCAUGCCAUAUCGUCCGGAAGUAUGGCCUGGCUUCUUGUUCUCUGA